GAUUAUUCCACAUCCAGAAACGGAGCCAGCUGUCAGGUGGAGGAGCAUACAAGCCAAAGGAGGCCUGUUGGCGUUUUUGAGAGUGUCUGCUUCCAGCAUGUCAUCAUUGAAUCUCCUGGAAUCUUUUCACAUCCACCAUGAACAUGUCUCACUUCCUGGUCUUGCUGUUCCCAGAAUCCCCACAGGGUCAAAACAGGAGCAAGUCAAGUUCUCUGUACACUCCAUAUAACUUCUCUGACUACUGCCAGGAUUCCAUAGACCCAAUGGUCUUCAUUGUCACCUCCUACAGCAUUGAGACCAUUGUGGGAGUCCUGGGCAACCUCUGCCUGAUAUGUGUGACCAUUAGGCAGAAGGAGAAGGCCAAUGUGACCAACCUGCUUAUUGCCAACCUGGCCUUCUCUGACUUCCUCAUGUGCCUCAUCUGCCAGCCACUCACGGCUAUCUACACCAUCAUGGACUACUGGAUCUUUGGCGAGGUCCUUUGCAAGAUAUCGGCCUUUAUCCAGUGUAUGUCGGUGACAGUCUCCAUCCUCUCGCUCGUACUUGUGGCUCUGGAGAGGCACCAGCUCAUCAUCAAUCCAACAGGCUGGAAACCCAGUGUCUCGCAGGCCUACCUGGGGAUUGUGGUCAUCUGGCUCAUCGCGGGCUUCCUCUCCCUGCCCUUCCUGGCUAACAGCACCCUAGAGAAUGUCUUUCAUAAGAACCACUCCAAGGCUCUGGAGUUUCUGGUGGAUAAGGUGGUCUGUACUGAGUCCUGGCCACUGGACCAUCACCGCAUCAUCUACACCACCUUUCUGCUGCUCUUCCAGUACUGCAUCCCACUGGCCUUCAUCUUGGUCUGCUACGCUCGCAUCUACCAGCGUCUGCGGAAGCGGGGGCGGGUAUUCCGCAAGGGCACCUACAGCUUUCGGGCUUGGCAGAUGAAGCGGAUCAAUGUGGUCCUUGUGGUAAUGGUGGCUGCCUUUGCUGUGCUUUGGCUGCCCCUGCAUGUGUUCAACAGCCUGGAGGACUGGUACCAUGAGGCCAUCCCCAUCUGUCAUGGCAACCUCAUCUUCAUGGUGUGCCACCUGCUUGCCAUGGCCUCUACCUGUGUCAACCCUUUCAUCUAUGGCUUUCUCAACACCAACUUCAAGAAGGAGGUCAAGGCCUUGGUGCUGACUUGCCAGCAGAGUGUCCCUGUGGAGGAGUCCGAGCAUCUGCCUCUGUCCACAGUGCACACGGAAGUCUCCAAAGGGUCUCUGAGGCUCAGUGGCAGGUCCAACCCCAUCUAGCCAGGGUUAGGGCUUCUCUCUGCCAUGUUCAUUGCCAGCCUCCCUCACUUAGCUAAGUGGGCACGUUGCAAGCUGGGGGUGGCACUGGCUUUGUGGGGCCCAGAUAGGGGCCUUGUGAAGCCGAGCGUUCUGAUGGUUCAGCUGUUGUUCUUGGGAGGAUUCUGAGUCUGGGUUCUGCAGGUCACACACAGUAUGUCUUGCAUCCUGAGCAGAUGCCAGAGCCGGAGAUGGUCUGAUUGAUGGUCUGUAGUUCAUUCUGGUAACUCAGCAACAGAUGCCCAGCCCGGGAGCCCAGGGAUUUCACUUCCACCAGUGAGGCUGCAAGGCCGUGGUGGGGUGAGGGGAAGAACACGUGGAGUCAGAGCUCUGGACCUUGGUA